UCGAUCCGGCAGCUGCCACUCUGGACGAGCUGGAGCUGAUCCUGCCACAGCCGUCGAAUGUGGGCGAUGAUGGCAGCGAAAUUGACCGCUUCCCGGGCCGAGUGGAGGACCUUCUGACUGGCCGCGCACGGCUUGCGUUUGCGGCUGGUGGCCGUGACAGCCACGUGCUGGAUGACCGUCAUCCCGCCAUCCUCACCCUUUGCUUCCCCCAGUCCUUCCCGUACGGCUUUUCUGGUCAGCGCCCCCGCGGCAUGUCUUUUCCGGCGUAUUGUCGCCACCUGCUGCACCGCGUGCCGCGGACACAAUUCGGCGGCAAUCUCAUGCUGCUGGCACGCAUGUACGACAUCUGCGUGCGCCACGAAAGCAUGGCGCAAGUGGGCAUCACCAUGAACAUGCGGCCGCAUCUUGGCGAACCAGCGGCGUGUGUGCCGCGUGAUGUAAUCCGUGCUAUGGGCACCAUACUGGCGCUGCCGUAUCGGCACUCACAGCGGCGGCAGCUGCUUGCGCAGCAGUCGCCGCUGGUUAAGGCGCUGGUGGAGGGGGCCCGCCUCAGUACUCUGCGCCUCGACCUCACAGACGCAUAUUACAACGGUGCCCGAUCCAAGAUGCGUGCAGCCGCCCUCACCAUUGGCUGGCCCCCGCUGUUCUUCACCGUAAAUCCGGCAGAUAUGCAUGCAGCCUGUGCAGUCGUGGCCUCCGGACAGGUGUUGGACUUCGAUGAUGACGGACGACCGCAACAUAUCCCGAGCACGGUGGAGAAGUGGCGGCGUGUGAAGGAUGACCCGUACAGUUGUGCCGCCCUGCUGGUGGCCACCAAGGAGGUUCUGGUGGAGGAGCUCUUCGGCUUCGCGCCGGGCGCCAUGCAGCAGACCAACCCGCGCUGCUUCUGUGGGCUCAUGUUUGAGGUGGCGGUCAAGGUGGAGCAGAGCGGCCGCCUCGCCCUGCACAUCCACGGUGUUGCGCAUGUGGCCACGUUCGCAGUCGAGCGCCUUCAGGCGCUGUUCAGUGGACCCAACUGCCGAGCGCUGGCCCUGGCAUACACCCUGUGCGCCAUGUGGUACCCCUCGCCGUACUAUGACCCUUUCACCCACGGUGCAGAACACUACAUCAUGGACAUGACCGUCGAAGAGGUCCAGCAGCAUGGCCGUGCACCUCCGCCCGUGGACAAGUCCUGCCCGCCUGCAGCAUACGAUUUUGGCAGGCUCGCCGGCUGUGCAGGUGGCGGACUCCCGCCGCCUCCCCGGCACGCUGCUUGCCGUGCGCACCACGCGGCCGUCAUUCGCAGCACGCUUACUCAUACACAUAACGACACGUGCAAGCGACACGGCUGCCGUGGCACAGAUGAUAGCUGUGGCAUGGCGUUCCCUCGUGUCCUGCGCAGCGCCUUCCAGUGGAUUGGCACCGGCGGCCUCUUCCUUCUGCCACGAUUGGGCCCGAACAUUGUACCGCACAUGCCAGCUGCAGCGCUGGCGUUUGGGUGCAACCAGCUGUUUACUCUGGCGUGCGAGGUGGAUCGCGUCUACACGGCAGAGGCAGCAGCGCAACUGGCCCGCCCUGAAGAUGAACGGGGGGACUGUGUGCCGCUGCAGCCUGCUGCUGACCGCGCCCGCGACUCUGCCUACUACAGCACGAAGUACACUGGCAAGAGCAUCAACGACAGCCAGGCGCAGCUGACAUGCAACGCUCUUACCCGAGUACAGGACUUCCUGCUGGCUGGAAGGACGCCGAAUCCGGGUGCCAGUGGGCCCACCGCCUUUGGCAACAUGUGUGCCACUGUGCAUCGCAUGACCGCUGCCGUUACGGCUGGUAUGGCGCUUGUCGCCAUGAAGCUGGACGGUCAUUCCACCUUCGAGGCGACGUUCGAGUGCGCAUACCUGCAGGUAGACGCGUUCACAGCGCUAUCUGCGGGCGCCGAGCAAUCUCCUGAGGCGGCGACCACAGCAGCAGUACUGGUGGAGGCUGAGGAGCAGGAGGGCUGCACGGUGACCAACGCCGUGCAUAACUACAUGCUGCGGGGGGAAGAACUCAGCGGCCUGGACUGCAGUGUGUACAACAUAGCCUCUAACUAUGAGGUUCGACGUGUGCCGCCAGCUCAGCACCCGCACCGAGAGCGAUUGGGUCUACAGAUCCUGGUGGCAGUUCGACGCCGCAAGCGCACUACCCCGGCCACACCCAUAACCGCCCCUGUGCCUGCCCCUGUGCCUCUGCUGACUGCAGCUCCGGCCCCUCCUCCUGAGCCACCUGCUCCUAUAGCUGCAGCGACACUCGACCAGCCAACAUCUCAGACAGCCACGGAGCUGCCCCGCCUGGUGGCCUUCCACGGCACACAUCCGCUGUACAGAACACAUGUCCACAUCCGCCUGCCGCGGCCGCGAUACGUACAGCUUGGAGGCUCUCUUCCCUGCCGGCCCCGCCCUGGCACCUCUGCUGCGGGCAUGGCGCAGUACUACGCAUUUGUCCUGGGUACUUUCAAAGCUCACCGGGGUCAGCCCAUCCCCCCUGGUCUGAGUGUAAAGGAAGCCUACGACACCUGGUGGGCAGAGCUGGGCACUACCGAGGCAGGUCGCUCGUACCAGGCGUAUGUAUCGGUGCUGCUGGACAACAUCGAAGAGGACCACGCUGGGAAAGCCCGCCGUCAGGCGGAGUACAACCAGCGGCGCCGCCAGCAGCGUGCGGCAGCGGCAGCAGCCGCGCUGCCUGAAGGUGACAGCACAAGCACUUCGGAUGGAGAUACCGAUGACGGCAUCCGCGGGCAUCUCAGGCCUGAUCCUGAAACACAGCCGCCUGCCGAGGACCAGUUGGAGCACUUCGUGUACAUCCCAGGUCAGGAGUAUCCGACGGCUGGCACCGACCUCGCCGCCGUCGCUCUUACGGACCUGUUUGACUGCACCAAUGCUGCUGGCGUGUAUGCCUAUGAUGCAGCACGGCGCUGCCGAGCCCCGGCCCUAGUGGACGGCCAUGGUGCACGCAGCAAUAGUUUCAGCCGUCGGAUCACACCAGCGGACCUGCCCCUCCUGACUGAAGCGACCAAGCGUCUGAAGCGGUAUCUCGUUGCAGCAGCAGCUGGCACUGUUGAGGCGGAUGGGGGCGCCCACACGGGACUGACGGCCACACCUGAGAUGGACACCCCUCAUGUCGAGCUGCACCGCCCCACCAGCGGACCCCUGGUCGCCAUCGUGCGCGUGCCUGGCACUCCUGAGCGGACUGAACAGGCUCGCAUGCCCCUCUAUGUGCACCUCCCCCAGCCGCCCAGCAUUGAUGACACCAUCGAGCUGUUCACGCUUGCCCCCCACCAGGCCGUGCCCUUCAUGCUCAUGGCUCGGUACUUCGAUCGCCGCGGUGAGCCCAACCCUGGCGACCCGCCGCAGAUGCUUGUGGAGGGCAAGCCCGGUACCGGAAAGAGCCAGUUCGUACAAGCGCUCCUCUGGUACACCUUCCAGCAUGGCUGCCCGCACUGGGCGGCCACCUGCGCCUACUCAUGGGCUGCUGCAACUGCCUUCAACACGCCGGUGCAUCGCAGCCUCUCUACCCACGCCAUGUUUGCCCUAUCUGCUGGCAGCAACCGAGCGGACAGCGUCAGGAAAGGCAGCGCAGCCAGCCUACAGGUGCAUCGUAAUGUCGGCGAUGGUGCGCUCAUUAUUGACGAGAUUUGCAUGAACAGCCUGGACCACCUGGGUGCGUGCAACCAGUCCUGCACUCGUCACCUGUUGCCGCCACCGCAUCUCACCGGCAACCACCCCGCCGCCACCAUCUUCAGCGGCCGUCCCAGCGCCAACACAGGCGACGAGUUCCAGCACCCAAAGCCAGCCGUAGCGACUACGUAG